AUGUCUCGACAAGAAUUAAUAGGUCCCCAAGGACUUCGGCAAGAUGGUCGCCGGGCUAAUGAACUAAGGAAAAUAAAGUGUAAACCUUCAGUAUUAAGUCAAGCAGACGGAUCAUCCUACAUCGAACAAGGAAAUACAAAAUGCCUAGCAGCUGUUUACGGGCCGAGAGAGGCCAGGCAAAAGGGUCAGGUGAUACAUAACAAAGCAAGCAUUAAUGUAGAACUCAGCUUAGCACCCUUUAGUAUGUCGGAAAGAAAAAAGAGAACGAAAUAUGACAAACGAUUAUUAGAGAUUGCAUCCGCAGUUAAACAAACUUUCGAGCCAGUUAUAAUGACCAGCUUAUUUGCCAGAUCCCAAAUUGAUAUUUAUCUGCAAAUAUUGCAAUUCGACGGAGGCAUCAUCCAAAUAUGCAUCAACGCCGCUACCUUGGCUUUGAUUGACGCAGGAAUACCUAUGCUGGAGUACGUUUGUGCAUGUUCUGCUGGGAUCAUAGAGAACACGAUUUUACUUGAUCUAAAUAACACCGAGGAGUCAUUUGACACCCCAGAAUUAACUGUUGCUUUGUUACCAAAAUCCGAAAAGGUUACCUUACUCCAGUUAGAUUCACGUCUCCAAGUUAAUGAAUUCGAAAAUGUCAUGAGGACAGCUGCUAAGGGGUGUAAAGAGAUUUAUGAAGUCUUGGAAGAUGCUACUCGUGAUCACAUCAAGGAUUUACUCAAUAGAUCUAACCCGAUUAAUUGA